UGCUUGUCAAUAUAUUUUAAUAUGUUAAUUGCCUCUAUCUCCUGUCCAUAUUUCGAGAUAUACUUACGCUCAUGUAUAGAAAAUGUCUCUAACAAUGUGAGUGAUGCAUGACGUCACCUAUCACCACUUUAAACUCCACAAGAAUCUCCGACUCGUCUCCACUGACAUUUUGUUUGGAGUGGAGUUGGGAGGGGCCUCAAUGGGGCUGGGUUUAGAUGGCCCCCCUCUUGCGUGCGCGCUCUUCGCUGCGUAAGUGCGUAAGAAGCCGUGCGUAAUUGGGGGAUGUGGUCCGCAGUGCCGAGGAGAAAGUUUGCGGGGAGACAUAGCGGGCCCAGCGGGCUGAUUAACAGAGAGACUUCCUUCCUUCGCCGGCGCACUGGCGUGGAGCUGCGGGUUAUAAAUGCGAGCUAAGCCCGUUCCUCAGACAAACCAUCCUCGUCCAGGACCGAGAGCUCGAACAGCGACCGAGGUUCAAACAUGAGGGAUGUGGCGGGACCGUUAGUUUCUCUGUUGGUUUUCCUGGUGGGAAGAGCCACCGGCGUGGAGCCGACCAGCGGCUACUGCAUCGGGAACCAGUGUUUCGCGCUGGUCCAGAACCCCGGCGACUUCGCAGCGGCGCAGAAACAAUGUCGAGACCUUCAAGGCCACUUGAUGACGGUGCGCUCGUCUGUGUCCCAUGAUGUUCUCUUGAUCCUGUUGGAGAACUCUACGGGGCGGUUCUGGAUCGGUCUGCAGCUGACGACCGGCUGCCCGGACGCUGCCGCCGGGCUGAGAGGCUUCCAGUGGGUGACCAAAGACAGCCAGAGCGACUUCUUCGACUGGGCGCCAAGUUUUGACAGCAGCUGCUCUUCCCAUCGCUGCGUCUCAGUUUCCAGGGAGAGCAACUUUAAGUGGGUUCAGGAGCCAUGCGGCGAGGAGGCGGUCGGGUUUCUCUGCGAGUUCGGCUUCACCGAACCGUGCAAAGGUCUGACGGUUGCAGAGGGCGAGUCAGUCACCUACAUGACCCUCAUGGGAUUCGGGGGCGAGAAUCUGCUCUCGCUGCCCCCCGGCAGCAUCGCCACCCGCAUGCCAUCCGAGCUCAAGUACGUCUGCUUCUCCCAGCAGUGGCUGCAGGCGCCCUGGAGCUGCGAGAUCGGGGAGGGCGGCUGUGAGUACAAAUGCGCAGUGGACCCGAGACAAGUGCCAUCCUGUUACUGUCCCCCGGGACAGAGCGUCAACCCCGCGAACAAGGUCACCUGCGAGGUGGGCGUGGAAGACCCGUGCCUGGCCCUGGGCUGCCAGCAUGUCUGUUACGCGAGCGGGGACUCCCACGCGUGCACGUGCGACCACGGCUACAAGCUGGCGGCGGACGGCAGGUCGUGCGCGGACUUCAACGACUGCACGGACCAGCGGCAGUGUCCCGGCGACAACUUCGUGUGCGUCAACACCGAGGGCGGCUUCGCGUGCGUCUGCAGGGAUGGAUACGCGACGGCCACCGGCGGCCUGUGCGUCGACGAGAACGAGUGCGUGUCCGCCCCGUGCGAGCACGAGUGCGCCAACACCGCCGGCAGCUACACGUGCUCGUGUUAUGACGGGUACGAGGUCGACCCGGCGGCGCCUGACAGGUGCAAGCUUCACUGCGGGAAGGAGGAGUGCCCCGCGGAGUGCGACCCGAACGACGCGUACCAGUGCUACUGCCCCGAAGGCUAUGUGUCGGAGCAGAGGGGCGACCAUACGUUUUGCAUAGACUUCGACGAGUGCGAGUACCUGUACUGUGCCCAGCACUGCGAAAACACAUUCGGCGGCUACGUGUGCUCGUGCUCCCCGGGAUACACGCUGGUUGGCGAGUACUCGUGCGUAAAAAGUGAGGAGGAAGAGGCGACCUCGCCCGCAAGCGUCCCCACAUCGACGCCACAUGUACCCCACCCCGACCCGACGAAGCGGCCCUCGGGGGUGCCAGCGGGGGGCCUCGUCGGCAUCAUAGUGUGCACUGCCCUCUCUAUUGUGCUGCUAGUGUGUCUGGCUCAUCACAUCCUCAACCGCAGAGCCAGGGGGAAGAUGGAGACGAGCGGUGCGCUCAAGGCGGAGGAGGACGAGGCGCACGGUUUGAGGUUGACGAGUGACAUUUAUUAGACUUAAAAUAAUAAAAUGGAAUCAGCAUCUGAGAGAGAGAGAGAGAGAGAGAGACGUGUGAAUGUACAGUGUGGGGAGAGAAGGAUGCAGGCCUGACAGCAAAAGCAACCCAGAGGACAGGGGCGUGGUGACGUCACGGGGGCAAAAGGUCACUUCAAACUCAAGACAACCGAAAUAUUACGCAAACAGCUAAAGUUUUUCUUUGGAGGAAGGAUUCACUGCCACGGAAGACUCUUUUAUUUGUAUUUUUAAAUCUAGCUCUCUCUCUCACACACACACACACACACACACACACCACAGAGUCGACGUGAGAGGAGUUACACAGUUCUUUGCUUUUGAAGAAGUUUGUGAUGGAAAAAUUAUUAAAUUAUACAAAUGUGAAUAGAA